AUGGUGCAAUUCCACGAGCACAUAAUCUCCGAUCUCCUCGAAGACCCCACCGGCGGUUUGGUAGUCCUCUCCGGCGGCCUCGGCCUCCACAAACUCAUCGCAUCCCUCCUCCACCUCCACCACCCCUCCCAAGGCACUCUCCUCAUCCUCUCCGCUUCUCCCUCACAAAAAUCUUCGAUCCUCUCCUCUCUCCAAUCCACCCUCUAUACUCAAAACACUGAUUCUCCUGAAAUUACGAAUUUGCCCUCGGAGAUCACUUCCGACCUGCCGGCUCACCAACGUCUGUCUCUGUACACCUCUGGCGGGGUUUUCUUCGUCACUGUGCGAAUCUUGAUCGUUGAUUUGCUGACUCACCGCCUCCCGACCACCGCGAUCGCUGGGAUUAUUCUCCUUAAUGCGCACUCUCUCUCCGACACGGCCACGGAGGCGUUUAUUGUACGGAUUCUCCGGUCGUCCAAUCGGAAUCUCUACGUUCGUGCCUUCUCGGAUCGACCUCACGCUAUGAUCUCCGGCUUCGCAAAGGCCGAACGAACCCUUAAGUGCUUAUUUCUGAAGAAACUCCAUCUAUGGCCGAGGUUCCAGGUGUAUGUUUCGCAGGAUUUGGAGAGGGACCCGCCGGAGGUGGUGGAUAUUAGGGUUCCGAUGACGGCUUACAUGGUGGGAAUCCAGAAGGCGGUGACUGAGGUCAUGGACGCGUGUUUGAAGGAGAUGAGGAAGACAAAUAAGGUGGAUAUCGAAGAUUUGACGGUGGAGAAUGGGUUGUUUAAGUCGUUUGAUGAGAUUGUGAGAAGGCAGUUGGAUCCCAUUUGGCAUACACUGGGAAAGAAGACGAAGCAGCUUGUUUCUGAUUUGAAGACGUUGAGGAAGUUGCUGGAUUAUCUAGUGAGGUAUGAUGCAGUUACUUACUUGAAGUAUUUGGAUUCCUUGAGAGCGUCAGAGAGUUUUCGGUCUGUUUGGAUCUUUGCAGAGUCAAGUUAUAAGAUUUUUGAGUUGGCAAAGAAGCGGGUUUAUUAUUUUGGGAGGUCAGGUAGCAGGAAAUUGAGCGGGCAUAGUAAGAAUGUGACAUCCAAAAAGAGGAAGUUGGAUAGUAGCAACAAAGAGAAAGAAGAUUCUUUGCCAUCGAGUUCAAGUAGUGUAAUUUUGGAGGAAGUUUUGGAGGAGGCACCAAAGUGGAAGGUGUUGCGUGAGGUUCUUGAAGAAAUAGAAGAGGCAAGAGAGAAGCAAGCUUUGUCAAGGGGAGAACUUGUAGUUGGAGAUGAACAGGAUGACAAUGGCAUCAUUUUGGUGGCAUGCAAAGAUGAACGUUCAUGCAUGCAGCUUGAAUAUUGCAUCGCAAAUGGCCCACAGAAGGUCAUGCGGGAAGAGUGGGAGAAGUAUUUACUGAGUAAAGUAGAGUUGCAGGCCUUACCAAAGCAUAAUAAAAAGAAACCGAAGGACCCUAAAGGCUUUGGGAUACUUGAUGGAGUGGUCCCUACAACACCUGGACAGAAAGCAGAAGUUAGUAGCUUAAGCAAGCAGGAACAUAAUGCACUGCUGGCAGCGGCAUCUGAAAUUAGUAAACUAUCCAAAAAGGAUGUUGUUGUUGAAGAUAAUCUUCAAACUUGUGUGGGCAGUGGAGGAGGUGGAAAACGGAAAGGAAAAGGGAAAGUAAAAGGAAGGAACAGAAAAACCUCAGCAAAUUUUCAAAUUUCUGUGGACAGAGAAGAUAGAAGUAACACUGAGACAGCAGUUAGUGAGAAAUCCAAUAUACUCGCUUCUGAGAUUGAAGGCCAAGAUAGUGGAUUCAACCUUAGAGGUGAUUUCCAAGAAAAUGUAGAAGGUACAUCUAUGGAGAGACAGGUUCUUCGGAAGCAUGCUCAAGUGGUGGGUGCUGAACCAUUCAAGAAUACGAAACGACUUCCACCUGUGCACUUUCAUGCCCUAGAAAGCGAUCAACACAUACUUGACAUUUUGAAGCCAUCUGUAAUUAUCGUUUACCAUCCUGACAUGGCUUUUGUUAGGGAAAUUGAAAUCUAUAAGGCUGAGAAUCCGUCAAAUAAGUUGAAAGUAUAUUUUCUCUUCUAUGAAGAUUCUACUGAGGUGCAAAAGUUUGAAGCUAGUAUACGCAAGGAAAAUGGAGCAUUUGAAUCCUUGAUAAGGCAGAAAUCAUUGAUGAUGAUCCCAGUGGAUCAGGAUGGGCGAUGUCUAGGACAGAAUUCUUCCAUUGAGCCACAAUCUGUAGUUUCUAAAAAUUCUAUAACAAGAAAGGCAGGUGGAAGAAAGGAAGCUGAGAAAGAAAUGCUCGUCAUUGUGGACAUGAGAGAGUUUAUGAGCAGCCUUCCAAAUGUACUUCACCAGAACGGAAUGCGCAUAAUACCAGUGACGUUGGAAGUUGGAGACUAUAUCCUUUCUCCGUCAAUGUGCGUGGAAAGAAAGAGUAUACAAGAUCUUUUUGGUAGUUUUGCAUCUGGUCGUCUUUACCACCAAGUGGAAAUGAUGGCACGCUAUUAUAGGAUUCCUGUUCUUCUAAUCGAGUUUUCACAAGACAAAAGCUUUUCAUUUCAGUCAACGAGUGAUAUUGGUGAUGAUGUAACACCAAAUAGCAUUAUAUCGAAGCUGUCCUUGCUUGUUCUACACUUCCCCCGCCUGCGGAUUGUCUGGUCUCGCAGUUUGCAUGCUACUGCUGAAAUAUUUGCUUCCCUUAAAGCAAAUCAGGAUGAACCUGAUGAGGCCAAGGCAAUUAGAGUUGGUGUCCCUUCGGAAGAGGGCAUUGUGGAAAAUGAUGUGAGAGCUGAGAAUUACAACACAUCAGCAGUAGAGUUUUUAAGACGGCUCCCUGGUGUAACCGAUUCCAACUACAGGGCUUUAAUGGAUGGGUGUAAAAGCUUGGCGGAACUUGCCCUUCUUCCUGUGGAGAGGCUAGCUGAGCUGAUGGGUGGUCACAAAGCUGCCAAAACCCUGAGGGACUUCCUUGAUGCCAAGUAUCCAACUUUACUCUAG